AUGGAUGAUGAUGAUAUGGAUGAUGAUGAUAUGGAUGAUGAUGAUAUGGAUGAUGAUGAUAUGGAUGAUGAUGAUAUGGAUGAUGAUGAUAUGGAUGAUGAUGAUAUGGAUGAUGAUGAUAUGGAUGAUGAUGAUGAUAUGGAUGAUGAUGAUGAUAUGGAUGAUGAUGAUGAUAUGGAUGAUGAUGAUGAUAUGGAUGAUGAUGAUGAUAUGGAUGAUGAUGAUGAUAUGGAUGAUGAUAUGGAUGAUGAUGAUGAUAUGGAUGAUGAUAUGGAUGAUGAUAUGGAUGAUGAUAUGGAUGAUGAUAUGGAUGAUGAUAUGGAUGAUGAUAUGGAUGAUGAUAUGGAUGAUGAUAUGGAUGAUGAUAUGGAUGAUGAUGAUGAUGAUACCGAGGUGUCACUAAGGUCUGAGAUCUGCUGCCAUUUUGCCUAA